GAGCCUGCAUCCCAGUGGAGGUGGCGGUUCAAGUUUCGCCCCACGGAGAGGAGCGUUUAGCCUCCACGCCACAUGGAUUACGGCCCAAGCAGGAGAAUUUAUCAGCCCUGACAAACAAAAUACAGUGUCCAGAAGUGCUAUCUGUCUAGCCAGGGAGCAGAUGUCCCAUCACGGGCCUGUAGCGUCUCACCCCGUCAGCUGUCAGCGGCCCGAAACAAUCUUUGAGCUCAGAGAGAGCGCAGCUCCAAUUAAAGAGAAAAAGAUGAGCCCAGCAGCUACACUUGCACAACCUGUAAGCAGCCCUUCAGCACUGCUUGGUUCCUGCUACAGCAUGCCCAGAAUACUCAUGGUUUCCGAAUAUACCUGGAAAGCGAACCUGGAAGCCCAUUAACUCCCCGUGUGGCCUCUGCUCCAGGCAUGGGUGGUGACUGUGCCUCUCAGCCACCUAUACAUGCAGCCCAUCUAGGAGACAGUAGUCCUUAUAGCCUGAUGAGGAUAGCCAACAGAGAUGGCUCCUCUGUUCCUAGAGAAGGUCGAUAUCCCAGGACGCCUCCACUCUUUAGUCCCCCACCUCGGCAUCAUAUGAGCCCAGACGAUCUGGCUUUGGCCCCCCACCACCCAAGCGCCUUUGACAGGGUACUGCGUCUUAAUUCGGUACCCUUGGACUCCCCAUCUAUGGACUUCUCGAGACGACUACGGGAACUGGCAGGCAACUCUGCUGGCUCUUCUCCACCCAUGUCGCCCAACAGGCCCAGCCCUAUGCAAAGGCUGCUGCAGCCAUUCCAGCCAGGGGCAUCUCAUUCUCCUUCUGGUCCCCGUUCAACACCUACACAGCAAACACCCACCCUGCCAACUGCAAAAGCAAAAUCCUGCGAGUUCUGUGGGAAGUCCUUUAAGUUCCAGAGCAACUUAAUUGUCCAUAGGCGUAGUCAUACCGGAGAGAAACCUUACAAGUGCCACCUUUGCAACCAUGCCUGCACGCAGGCCAGCAAGUUGAAGCGCCACAUGAAGACCCAUCGGCACAAAUCCUCCUCCACUACCUCCAAAUCAGACGAUGGCCUUUCAACUGCGAGUUCACCUGAGCCAGGAACGAGUGAUUUGCCAAGCAGUGCCACCAAUGCUCUUAAAUCAGUGGUUGCAAAGUUUAAAAUCGAGAACAAUGGCAUGAUCCCUGAAAAUGGACAAGAGGAAGAUGAAGAAGAGGAAGAAGAGGAGGAGGAUGAAGAGGAGGAAGAGGAGGAGGAAGAUGAAGAAGAAGAAGAGGAGGAGGAGGAGAAUGAAAGUGAGGCUGGUGAAAGGAAUGAUAUAAACUUUAGCUUGAGCCUAGAAGGUGCACGUCAUCACGAGAACAAUAGACAACGACACAACAAAAAUGUGGAGGGAAUUCAGGACUACCGAGAAGCGCUCAAACAUUACAAACGAGGCGACCACCACAGAUCAGCUCACGAGACAUUUGGUGACAGUUCCCCAAAAGAGUCUUCUCAAGUCAACGAAGGGUACGGACACAUCGUUAAUGGGUCGGCGUCCUACUCAAAUGAUGACCUCUCAAGAAAACUUCUCGCUGGAAGUCCAGGUUCUGACAGUCCUCUAACUAAGCGAAUCAAGGUGGAAAAAGACCUUGAUCUUCCAACUCCUACAAUUCCCAAUUCAGAAAAUGUGUACUCACAAUGGCUGGCUGGAUAUGCCGCUUCGCGCCAGCUCAAGGAUCCUAUCCUCAACUUUGGGGACUCAAGACAAUCACCUUUCGCCACCUCUUCAGAGCACUCCUCGGAGAAUGGAAGUCUCAGGUUCUCCACUCCUCCUGGGGAGCUGGAUGGAGGCACAGCCUCUGGGCGUAGCGGCACGGGAAGCAGAGCCAGUACACCCCACCUUCCCAGUGGUCGCCCCAGCUCCAAGGAUGGCCGCCGUAGUGACACAUGUGAGUUUUGUGGCAAGGUCUUCAAAAACUGCAGCAACUUGACAGUGCAUCGCCGCAGCCAUACUGGCGAAAGGCCGUAUAAAUGUGAGCUUUGUAGCUACGCCUGUGCUCAAAGCAGUAAGCUAACACGGCACAUGAAGACGCAUGGACAGACAGGCAAGGACGUUUACAAAUGUGAGAUAUGCCACAUGCCUUUCAGCGUCUACAGCACUCUGGAGAAGCACAUGAAAAAAUGGCACAACGAUCGGCCAUUGAGCAUCGAAAUUAAAUCGGAGUAAAUUUGAUGAUGUCUUACGCAGAACACAAUAUUUAAAGCACAGCGUCAGAUGAGGAUACUAGCCGAAAAUUUGUCGAAAUUUACGCAAGACUCUGAGCCCUUUCGAAUGUGCAAUAACUUAAUGUUUUGUACUCCUUUUCUUACUGGUUGGCAUGUGUUAGCUUGAUUGAUUAGCGGUAUUGCUGUUGUUACUGUCUUUUAUCGAACAGAACAUUUCAUGCUGCAAGCGGUUAAUUUUUACAUAUCAUACCUAGUCGUAUUGUAUCAUUUAAGCCUGUAAUCUUUUGACUACCUACAUUCACACUGGGGUUUUACACUGUUCGUUAGGGAUAUAGACAAACUUUAGGGUUACCAGUGAACGUUUGAAUGGUAACAUUUUACUAAAAUACUAAAAACGUUUGAAUUUUUAUUGUUGCUUGUGAAAAAGAGUGCCUUGGGUGUUUAAAGCAUCUGUGGUUUCUGCCGUUUGCCAUAAGCCUGGGGAUAUUGUUCAAUGCAAAAUGAGGUUCUUGCAUCAAGUACCUAUCGUGAAUUCACUAAAUGCAGGAAUCCAGUGUAUGUUCUUGUGUAUAUCAUUUACUAGCAUAACAUGUUGUGUUCCUUUAAGUUUGCCUUUUGGCUUUGUGAGAUUUUACCUUGUGUUUUGAUAUCAAACAAACAGGUAUAUUAGUAAGUUUUCUUUAAACUUAGGGUCUAUGGGUUUUUUUAUGAAGAUUUUUGUUUUUAUAAAUAUAUAUAUAUAGUCACCCUGAAAAUGUGUUUUACUCAGUAGACAGCCCACUUAUUGGACUAUACUGAUUAAUUUCUAUUUGGUGCAUGGGACAAAAACGCAUAUUAUGUAAAUACGUCCAUUUUUUUUUAAUCAAAUUAAUUUCUCGACAGGGUCAUUUUUAAUAAAUAAUCCCUGAAUAAGCUGGAUUGAAAAUCCUUUUUGAAAUUUUGAACUAAGCUCAGAUUGGCUAUAGAAAUAGAAGUAGUUUAGCGAGACCAGGUUUGAUGGAGCAAUGCAGGAACGCAUUAUGAGGACAUUUACAAAUUCCUGGAUGAAAGUCUGAAUACUUUACAGCAGUGGUCCCUAACCAUUUUAUCACGGUGUGCUGGUCAACACUUGACAAUUUUACCGCACACCAGGUGGGGCGGUGGUUCGUAGGUUGCCAGGCAAAUAUCAACCGUUUUCUAAGAGCACUGCAGUGUUUGGGUGUUCUGUGCUUGUCUGAGAUAAUUAGUUGCCUGAAAUGAGUAUAUUCCAUACAAGCUAAAGCUGAUCGGUCAGCUGAUCACGUGACAAGAUUUGCCGUGCGCUCCCAGAAUUCAUUCAACUGUGUGCAUCUGGAGGGCGUAAGUGCAAGCCUCGCACCUCCAUUGGAAAAUAAUGAACUUACACAAACUUAUAAUAAUAAUAAUAAUAAUAAUAAUAAUAAUAAUAAUAAUAAUAAUUACUUACAUUUAGAUGGCACAUAUCUGGACACUCAAAGUGCUUUACACAUUGGGAGGAAUCUCCUCAUCCACCUGGAUGACGCGACGGCAGCCAUAUCGUGCCAUACUCCACACCACAGACCAGCUGAUUGGUGGAGAGGAGACAGUGAUGAAGCCAAUUAUGAUAUGGGCAUUGUUAGGAGGCCAGAUGGCAAAUUUGGCCAGGAUGCUGGGGUUAAACCCCUACACUUUUCAAAAGACAUCCUAAGAUUUUUAACAACUUUAGGAUCUCAGUUUAACAUCACUGCGCAAUACAGAGUCUCUUUCAAUAUACAGGGGUGUUAGGACCCACACUGCCCGGUGGUUGUAUGCCCCCUGCUGGCCUCACUAACAUCACUUCCGGCAGCAACUUAGCUUUCCCAUGUGGUCGCCAAGGUACUGAUCAUGCACAGCCCUGCUUAGCUUCAGGGGGCGACCAUGUGAGAGUUGCACAGAGCUAGAACUCUAGAAAAGCGAUAUGUGAACGGCCCCUAAAAGGUUGCUGUCAUUUGCAAUCUGCAGCAGUUGAUCUUGCACAGACAUGGUGGAUUCACCUGAUUUGUUGACAAGUGGGUUGCAGAUCCAUUUCUUGGCAGUUCAUGGGUCCUUCACUGGGCCUUUUCCCCUUAGCAAAGAAACUUUCCUAAGACGUCUGUUUCUUACUCAUUUUGCUGCUUGGGGGAACAUUUUGGCGCCUACGUGACCGAGAUGAAAGCGAGAGAAUACAGUCAUUUUUCAAAAUAAAAGAUUUUUUCAAAAUAAAAGAUCGUUCAGACUCAGAUAUUAAAUAAAACGCAAGUAAUUAAUGACUUCUUGUGCGGCCCGGUACCAUUUGAUCCACGGACCGAUGGUUGAGGACCACUGCUUUACAGAUCACUUGCUCGUGAUAUACUUUCACAACAUAUUCCUUUAUCCAACACUCUUCAGUUUCUAAAGCUAUGUACUGUAUAUACCCCCGUUUAUUAGCGAAGCACUUAGCCAUGUUCACAUAUUUUGUGCCCGUCGAGAUGACAUUCAGACUUUUUAUUCUCUACAUUAUCCCAUAGUGAAUUUUAUGAAUAGCACUUGCCACUCAGCCUAAAGCUCUGUAUCUGUCCUGCUAAUCUACGGGCAGGUGGUUGAGUAUAAAACAAAACCGCUCUCCAAUGGCACAAAGUAAAAAAAACCUGCACUGUUCAAUUGUUUUUCCUGUUUACUAGAGAUUUUCCUCUCAUACCAACAACAUGAUGAGGUGUCAGCAUAUUAUGUGAAACAGAGAUAGCCUAGAAUUCUCGGUCAGCGAAAAAAAAGAAGCUUAUAAUAAAUAUAAAAAGCUUAUAAAUAAAAAUGACUGUUCAUUUAAAAGCUAGACUUUAAAUCGAAACAGUGUAUGUUUAUCUCAGUGAAUAUACUCCAAUCCCGCUGCUUACACAGCCAUUUUUUAUUGUACUUUUUCAUUAAUAAUUAAAUGUGUUGGGGUUUCUUUUUUCGUAAUACUUUGGUGUUUUUAACAGGAAAUUAAUUUAAAGUGUUCCAUUUUCGUUUCGUUUUCUGCCGCUCAUGUUCAUUUCGUGGUGGGUUACUUACAAUGUACUAUGUAAAUACUAAACGUUAUGUACAUUUUUCCUUUUUUUUUCCUCCUUUGGCAGUUCUUCAGGAUGCAUUAUAAUGAGAUUAGGAGUUCAUUUGACAUUUUCUAGGGCUUACGGUCUGUCAGAAGCUAUUGUGACACACUUGAGUUUGCCAUGUCAGUGUGUAGAGAUGAUCUGGAUUUAACUGUUCAUCAAGAGUAGUCGAGAUAGUAUUUAUAUAGAGACUAGAAUUCCAGACUGUUCCUUGUUCACUUUAAAGUUACAUAAAAAAACUGUAGUCGAGCUCAGCAUGCUGCCACCAUUUUUUGGUUUUCCCCUUAACUUGGCAGGAUAAUAUAGUGUGAAUCGUUUAAUGUGUGAAAACUGAGUUUAUAAGAAAAAGAGAAACAAAAAAAAGCUAUGUGAGGAGUGUUAGGACGACGAUAAAAGGCUAUACAAUGGUCUUUUAACGCAAUCCUCUUUGAAAUAACACGAUGAUGAGGAACAGGUGGUUUUAUGAUCUCUGGCCUUUGGAUAUGCAGUAAAAGUUUCAUAGUUAGUGGGUUUCCCUCUUUAUUUUCAACUGUCCUUGUCUCCCCCCUGCAAACCUGAAACAUUCCAGUCAUCUUUGAAAGAAUGGAUGUCAUAUGCAAUGAAUCGAGAGUCAAUAAAUACAUUUAAAAUGCAUUUUGAAAUACAA